GCGGUGCGAAGUGGCAGGUAAACGUUGUAGAGGGAGAGAUUUAGCAACACAAGCGGAAAAUAACUUGUAAAACCCUGACUUGUGAUUGACUUAGCAGACUGAAGACCACCUAACUCUCUAAAAUGGGGAAAAAGAAAGAAAACGACAGCCCUGACCUUUACGGAGAACCUGCUAAAUAUGACCCGACUUUCAAUGGACCACUCCACAACAGGGGCUGCACUGAUGUUAUUUGCUGCAUCUUUUUCAUGAUUUUCAUUGGUGGAUACCUGGUGGUGGGAGUUCUGGCCUGGCUGUACGGGGACCCCAGGCAGGUCAUUUACCCUCGAAACUCGACUGGAGUUUUCUGUGGAUUCGGACCCAAUCAAGGGAAGCCCUAUGUGUUUUACUUUGAUAUCCUGAAAUGUGCCACUGGUACCAACAUCAUGGCAGCUUCUCUGAACGGACUGCAGUGCCCAACGACCCAGGUGUGUGUGAACGCUUGCCCCAACAGCUACUGGAUUGUUCCCCUGAGUGGAUAUUUUCCCGGUGCGAAGCCCAAAGACGUGUUCAGCGACAAGUACUGCAGCCCAGCCAUCGACCUGCAGACCACCACACUGACUGUGGAUCAAAUUCUAAGCAAAGAACUGUGUGCCAGAUUUUAUAUUCCUUCUACUGCAGUUUUUAAUCGGUGCAUCCCCAAUAUCGUUAACUUGCCGAGCAUCCCUUCUAAUUUCACCUUACCUGGGUCUGCGACUGUCAACGACACUGCCAGCUCCAUUACAAAUGCCACCAGUGAUCUCUUUAUGGGGUUCAAUGCUAAAGCCUUGGGGGUGAAGAUUUUCGAAGACUUCACCAAAUCCUGGUAUUGGAUUCUAAUUGGUCUGCUGAUCGCGAUGCUGGCCAGUCUGCUGUUCCUGUUGCUGCUGCGCUUUAUCGCUGGAGUCAUGGUGUGGCUUCUCAUUCUCGGAGUGAUUGGAGUCAUUGGCUACGGCAUCUGGCACUGCUACUGGGAGUACUCCAAUUACAAAGCGAGUAAUGCCUCCAUAUCGGCUGUGGGCUUCACCUCGGACCUCUCUGUCUUACUGCGGGUUCAAGAGACCUGGUUGGCUUUCUUGAUCAUCCUGGCUGUGUUUGAAGUGAUUCUGCUCCUGAGUCUAAUCUUUCUGAGGAAACGGAUUCUCAUUGCAAUCGCACUAAUCAAGGAAGCCAGCAGAGCAAUCGGUCACAUUAUGUGCGCGCUGCUGUAUCCCCUGGUCACCUUCGUCCUGCUGGUUAUCUGUGUGGCUUACUGGGGCAUCACUGCGCUAUACCUGGCAACGUCGGGGAUGCCUCUGUACCGAGUGAUGGCACUUAACCAAACUCUGCCAAACUGUGCAAGCAUCAACGGAACUGAGUCCUGUGAUCCAUCGAGCUUCAAUGCGUCCUCGUCCCCCUGCGAGUCGGCGCGCUGCAUGUUCUUCAAGUACAACGAGGAGGGCCUGUUCCAGCAGAACCUCUUCAACCUGCAGAUCUACAACGUGCUGGGCUUCCUGUGGUGCAUGAACUUUGUCCUCGCCCUGGGCCAGUGCACCAUGGCUGGGGCAUUCGCCUCCUACUACUGGGCUUUCAACAAGCCCGGGGACCUGCCCUACUUCCCCGUGGCCAGCAGCUUCAUCCGCACUUUGCGGUAUCACGUUGGUUCUCUGGCGUUCGGCUCACUCAUUUUGACCAUCGUCCAGUUCAUCCGCAUCAUUCUGGAGUAUCUUGACCACAAGUUCAAAGCUGCUCAGAACCCCUGCAUUCGCUUUAUCAUGUGCUGUCUGAAGUGCUGCUUCUGGUGUCUGGAGAAAUUCAUCAAGUUCCUCAACAGAAACGCCUACAUCAUGAUCGCAAUUUACGGCAAGAACUUCUGCACCUCUGCUAAAAACGCUUUCUGCCUGUUAAUGAGGAACAUUGUCAGGGUGGUGGUGCUGGAUAAAGUGACGGACCUGCUGCUGCUGUUUGGAAAAUUAAUGGUGGUUGGGGGAGUGGGAGUCCUGGCGUUCUUUUUCUUCUCUGGUAGAAUUGAAAUGCCGAGCGAAACAUUCAAUGCAAGGUCACUGAACUACUAUUGGGUGCAGAUUAUAGUGAUCAUUUUUGGCCCUCACCUGUUAUCUUCUGGUUUUGAACAAAUUUUCUUCUCAAUGUAUCACAUAGGAAAGGAUCCCUCCUCUCUCUCUCUCUGCACAGUGGAGGAUUUGGAGCGUAACGAUGGUUCUCAGGAGAAGCCCUACUACAUGCCCAAAUCUCUCAUGAAGAUCCUGAACAAGAAGAACAAGCAACCCAAAGAGUCCAAAAACUAGUGAGGAUGCAUUCGCACUCACACUCGCUUCCCGAGUCCUCGCUCAGCCCUGAACACCAGCAAACGCACCGCUUGCCUUUUAAACACACAGACCGAUCUUCAGAGGGGAAAUCGCUUUCAGAAAAGUUGGACGCAUCCUAAGGGAAAGGAAUUGCUCAUUUUGUACCGGGCAGUUUUAUAGUUAUUGCUAAGUUUUAGUCGGCUAACUACUUAUCCUGGUCAAGAGAGUAUGUAGCUUCACAUUUCAUUUUCUUAGUCUUUAUCGUUCCGCGUGCUUCUUUAUAGCAAUCAAAUACUGCGUUUGGUUUUUUUGUCUUAAGUCUGUGCUGGAGUUGCUGUUCAGUUCUAGUUUUCUGCCAUAGACGUCUGUAAUGUAGGCUUGAUCAGUCUUACAGAAAUAAGAGCUAGCGCCAUCUAGUGCUCUGCCCUUACAGUAUUUGAGUACCUGCAAUAAGAAGCACUUGCAAACAUCAUAAAGAAGGGGGGGGGGGGGGGCAGUGAAAAUGAAAAUGGAUAAAUUAGAAGCUACGUGGUCUUUAGAUACAGUAGAAGUACACAGAGCUUGCAUGCCAAUACACUGGUAGUGUAAUACCUGGUAGUUUUAGUUCAACACAAUGGUCUGAUUUCUUUCUGAAAAUUUCAAGACAAGCAUUUCCUCAGUCCUUUUUUUUUUUUUUUUUUUUUAAUCAGA